CCUGUCAAAAUACAAAACACCUUCAUUUUAUAAUAAUAAAAUAUUUACAAAAUAAAUAUGGAAUCAUAUCUAAAUGAAAAAGUAUGCUAAUAAACACUAAUCAAGAAAAAUCGUAACAUUUCAAGGAUUAAACAUAUGAAUAAAAAUAUUUUGAAAACAAUGGUUAAAUCAGAAAAACUUAUGUCUCAUUCCAGUAGUACAGGUACGGUUACCAGAUUUCAUUCAUUCCACGGCGAAAAUAUAGUGCUUUCUGAAGAUAACACCGUCGCUUAUCGCAAGAAAAGUUUCGCAAAUGCAGUUACUUUCAGUGAAAAACCAUUACAACCUUGUGAAAUAUUCUUGCUUGAAAUUGAACAAAAUGAAAGUGGUUGGAGUGGACAUAUGCGUUUGGGACUUACUCAAUUAGACCCACAUACUAUAUGCCAAACUGGUAUUAUUCCGCCCUAUGCUUUACCUGACUUAGCAAAUAUCGGAUUGUCUUGGAUUUAUGGUAUUACAAAAGCAAGUAAUCAGAUGUAUAGUGUUUCUUAUAAUCGUGCAACAAGUCUAAAAUCAAUAACUAGUGAUAAUGGGGUUAUAAGAACUGGUCGUGGUUUAGUACCCCUCAGUAUGUUAAAACCAACAAAACAUAGUGUUAGCAUUUUACCUACAGAUACAUUUAGUCGUAUUGGUGUUAUGUAUAUUCCUACAAAUGAUAGAGAGGCAAAUAUGCAUUAUAUUAUUAAUGGGGAAGAUCAAGGAGUUUGUGUUCGACAUAUUCCUUUUACUGAUGCACCGUUGCAUGUAGUUGUAGAUGUUUAUGGAACAACUAAGAAAAUUCGGAUUAUCCAAUUAUAUGGAGUUCCAACACUUCAGUCGGCUUGUCGUGAUGCUAUUUUACAACAUAUAACAAAAAAAGGUGUUUCAUCUCUUCCUUUACCAAAAGUAUUGAAAGAAUAUCUCUUAUAUAAAACAUAAAAAAUAAGAAAUGAAAGAAAAUGACAACAAAUUUUAAAAUA